CGAAAUGUUCUGCGAAUUCUUGAAAUUCUGCGAAUCCGAUGCUGAUAAAACGAAAGCUAUGCACCUACAUGGAAUGAAAUUUCUCCUGCGCCAAUAUCUUGAUGGUCCUUCCGAUGCUUCGUGCAAAACUUGCAAAGCCAUCAUGGGCCAGGUCAAGAAUUUACUAGCCCAGAAAAAUUUCCAGUGCAAGCAGCUGAUCACCAAAUAUGGCCAUCUUAUGUUCGAGAUUGUCAUCGCUGAACUGGACGAGGAAUUUAUCUGCGAAACUGUCCAAAUGUGUCCCGAGACAGGAAAGGGCCGCAAACCGUCCCCCUUCGUCACGAAGGCUGAAGAAGUUUUGGAAUCCUUGAGGACUCAGUGGAACGACGUGAAGUUUCAAAUACCCAAGAAGAAGGCCAACCUACGUAAUCUGGAAUGUAGCUCAUGUGAAUUCUUCGUGAGUGAGUUUAUCAGGAUGCUGCAUGAUCCUCAAACCCAGAAUAAGGUCCUAAGUACUGUGGAAAGGGUGUGCAACUUCGUACCAGACCCACUGGGCACACAGUGCAGGAACUUCAUUCACAGAAAUGGAAGAAUCUUCAUGAAGAUGAUCACUCAGCUCGUCACUCCGAAACUGGUCUGUGAGGCCAUAGGCUUGUGUGACAUCUCCAAGCAAGCAGAUUUCCCAAGCAGAGACCCCGUGGUGCCGCGUGUGCAAAGACUUGAUGAGCAUCCCCGCCAGUGCCGUGGGGAGCCAGGAGUUGCAGCAGUCCUCCAUCUUCUUCUUGCACCAGAUCUGUGCCAUCUUUCCAGACACCGUUACCACAAGG